CCCAGCGCCAUGUCCCCGGGCAGCCUCGUCCUCCUCCUGAGCAUCCUGGGGGCCCUGGGGCUGGGGGACCCCGGCCCCCUGGAAGACGUGGUGAUAGACAGAUACUAUAUUCCAAAAAUCUGCCUGCGGGAAGUCCAGAUGGGGGAUUUCAUUCGCUACCACUACAAUGGGACCUUUAAAGAUGGCAAAAAGUUUGACUCCAGGUAUAGCCGAGGGGUUACAGUGGCCGGUGUGGUGGGCGUCGGGCGGCUGAUCACUGGCAUGGACCGGGGGCUGCAGGGUAUGUGCGUGAACGAGCGGCGUCACCUCAUCGUGCCCCCCCACCUGGGCUACGGCAGCAUCGGAGUGGCGGGGCUGAUCCCCCCAGACGCCACCUUGUACUUUGACGUCAUCAUGCUGGACAUCUGGAACAAGGAUGACAAGCUGCAGAUCACCACCCUCUCCAAACCGGAGCACUGCAACCGCACGGUGGAGAACUCAGACUUCGUGCGGUACCACUACAAUGGCACGCUGCUGGAUGGCACCCCCUUCGACUCCAGCUACAGCAAGGACAGCACCUACGACACCUACGUGGGCACCGGCUGGCUGAUCAAGGGCAUGGACCAGGGGCUGCUGGGCAUGUGCGCCGGGGAGAAGAGGAGCAUCAUCAUCCCCCCGUUCCUUGCCUAUGGGGAGAAGGGCUAUGGGACCGUGAUCCCACCGCAGGCCUCGCUGGUGUUCAGCGUGCUGCUGGUGGACUUCCACAACCCCAAGGACGGCAUCUUCCUGGAGCACCUGGAGGUGCCAGCAUCCUGCAAGCGCAGGGCUGUGACUGGGGACUUUGUCCGCUACCACUACAACGGCACGCUCAUGGACGGGGGCUUCUCUCGCUGCAGCUACUCCCGCAAUCACACCUACAACACCUACAUCGGGAAGGGUUACAUCAUCCCCGGCAUGGACCAGGGCCUGCAAGGGGUCUGCGUGGGAGAGAGGCGGCGGGUGGUCGUCCCCCCACACCUGGCCUACGGGGAGAACGGAGCAGGGGACAAAAUUCCCGGCUCAGCCGUGCUCAUCUUUGACGUCCACAUCAUCGACUUCCACAACCCUGCAGACCCGGUGGAGAUUGAGACCGUGUACCGGCCUGAGGGCUGCAACAUCACCACCCGCGACAGAGACUUCGUCCGCUACCACUACAACUGCUCUUUGCUGGAUGGCACCAAGCUCUUCUCCUCCCAUGACUACGAGAAGCCCCAGGAGGUGACUCUGGGGGCCAACAAGGUGAUCGAAGGCCUGAACAGUGGCCUCCUCAACAUGUGCACGGGGGAGAGGCGGGUGCUCAUCAUCCCCCCCCACCUGGGCCACGGGGAGAGCGGAGCCCGGGGGGUGCCAGGCAGCGCCGUGCUGCGCUUUGAGGUGGAGCUGAUAUCCAUGGAGGAGGGGGUUCCUGAGGGCUACCUCUUCAUCUGGCACGGGGACCCACCGGCAAGCCUCUACGAGCAAAUGGACCUGAACAAGGAUGGGGAGAUCCCCGCUGAUGAGUUCUCCACCUUCAUCAAGACCCAGGUGGCGGAAGGGAAAGGCCGCCUCAUGCCCAGCUCCGACCCGGAGAAAGUCAUCGCCGACAUGUUCAGGAACCAGGACCGCAACCAGGACGGGAAGAUCACCUCCGAGGAGCUGAAGCUGAAGUCGGAUGAGGACCAGGAGAAGAUCCACGAGGAGCUCUGAGGAGCGGAACUCACUUUUGUCUGGAGACAGGACUUGUCCCUGCUG